ACGGUAAGGCUGAGUAUGUAUGUGUAUGAGAGGAUAGGAGAAGAGAGUUUGAGAGCAGGUUGUUGUCAAGGCGGAGACGUCGAUAUCCCCAGAGGAAGACAACGCGAAGAUCUAGCUACCCUACCGGCUCAAGUCGCGGACACAUACUUGGGAUAGUAUACAGAGACAAUUAAGGCACAAAAGGAGGAUUGAAAGUCGGACGAGGGCAGCCCCGGUGAGGGCAAGAGUGAGUUACAGUGGGGGUCCUGGUAGUGAAAGAUGAACAAAAAUCACCGAGUGCCGAGCAACCGAUCUCUAAGCGCCGUAGAGGUGAAGAGCAAGUUUGGUGCCGAAUUCCGCCGGUUCUCCCUGGACCGCUCAAAACCGGGUAGAUUUGACGAGUUCUACGGACUCCUGCAACACGUGCACCGCAUUCCCAACGUAGACCUGCUGGUGGGCUAUGCCGAUGUCCACGGAGACCUGCUGCCCAUCAACAACGAUGACAACUACCACAAGGCCAUCUCCACCGCUAGCCCACUGCUACGCCUCUUCCUUCAGAGGAAAGAAGAGGCAGAUUACUCUGCAUUUGGGACGGACUCUCUGACCCGGAAGAAAACGGUCCUCUCGGCUGUCCUUCUGCGGCCCGACAACAACCGGAAGAAGCCAGCGGUGAUCAUCAGCCUGCCGCGAGAUUUCCGGCCCGUGUCCUCCAUCAUUGAUGUGGACAUCCUGCCGGAGACACACCGCCGCGUGCGGCUCUACAAGCACGGCCAGGAGAAGCCCCUGGGCUUCUACAUUAGGGACGGCUCCAGUGUCCGCGUCACACCGCAGGGGCUGGAGAAAGUGCCCGGCAUCUUCAUCUCGCGCAUGGUGCCCGGCGGCCUGGCGGAAAGCACGGGACUACUGGCCGUCAACGACGAGGUGCUGGAGGUCAAUGGCAUCGAGGUGUCGGGGAAGUCUUUGGACCAGGUAACAGACAUGAUGAUCGCCAACAGCCACAACCUCAUCAUCACCGUGAAGCCUGCCAACCAGCGCAACAACGUGGUGCGGAACAGCGGGGGGGCCUCGGGCAGCUCGGGGCGGUCCUCCGACAGCGGCGCCAGUCGCUACGGCUACCAGCCCGCCGCCGCGGCCUCUGCCUCCGCCACGCACAUCAUCCAGAACUUCCGGCCCGAGGAGCUGGAAAGCGACGAGGACGAGGAGGAUUUGGUGAUCGAGGUGGGCGGCGAAGCCAAGCCCAUCCCCCGCGCCGCCUCCGCUAGCUGCAGCAUGCCCUCGCUGCCGCGCUACGAGCCGCACCUGGGCCUGAGGGCCAACGGCACCCUGACCGCCAGCUGCAGCGCGGGCUCACUGAGCGCGCCUGAGGGCGAGCGGGGGGCGCUGGAGGAGGACGGAACCGUCAUCACACUGUAGACACACACACACACACACACGCAGAGGUGCGCCAGCACCAACUUCAAACUGUCAGUACUGAACCACAGAGCGCUUGUUCCUCGUAUGAAGAGGAAGCUCCCGUGUUCCCAUGGAGGACGAUGGGAGCGCUUCGUCAAUGUCUGGAGCCGUGGACGAGUACACAUACCUGCAGCUUCUGAUCUCCUAACAUCCGAGUUAAGGCAUUAGACAAAAGGCAACAAACAGUUAAAGAACUACUGUACAUGGACAUUGUUUACUCUGACAAUCUGGUAUCGCCUUGGUACUUUCGACUCAUGAGUCAUGUGAUUACGGCAUGCAAAUUGUGAUGACAAAUUACUUCCAUAGCAUAAAUUACUAUAGUGUAAACGACCGAGAAAAGUAGGGUCUGCAAUAAUCGUAGUAUGGGUGAGGAAACAAUUAAGGAUCAUGGAUUUAGCUGGACAUAUAACUGGACA